AUGUCACCUAUCGCAACUAGCAAUGGCCAGGAUGGCCACUCGAACGGCCUCGACCGCAAGCCGAAUGUCCCCCAGAAGGACGGAACUGCCGCCGAGAAGGAACAGCUUGUGCUCAAUACAAUCCGAUGUCUCGCUGCAGAUCUCUGCCAAGAGUUCAAAGGCGGCCAUCCCGGCACAGUCAUGGGCGCCGCUGCUAUCGGUGUAGCCCUCUGGCGCCAUGUCAUGCGGUACAACCCUGCCAACCCCUCCUGGUUCGGUCGAGACCGCUUCGUCUUGUCGGUUGGGCACGCCUGUCUUCUCCAGUACCUCAUGCUUCACUUUUCCGGGUACGAGGGAUGGACACUCGACGAGAUCCGCAAGUACCACUCGCCUUCGACCGAGCACAUGGCCGCGGGCCACCCGGAGAUCGAGUACCCCGGUAUCGAGGCGUCGACGGGGCCAUUGGGGCAGGGUAUCGCCAAUGCAGUGGGGAUGGCUAUGGCGGGCAAGCAGAUCGGGGCGAGGUUCAACAAGGACGGGUAUCCUGUGGUGGACGGCAAGAUCUGGGCGAUGACGGGUGAUGGAUGUCUCCAGGAGGGCGUAGGACAGGAAGCCUGCUCCAUUGCUGGUCAUCUCGGCUUGGACAACCUCGUGCUCAUAUACGACAACAACCGAGUCACCGUGGACGGCUCGAUCGACAUGUGCUUCACGGACGACACGUCCGCCAAGCUACGCGCGAUGGGCUGGGAGGUGAUUGAGGUGUAUGACGGAUCUAACGAUAUCGCUGGCAUUGUCGCUGCUCUCGAGCUCGCUAAGCACACCAAGGGCAAGCCUACCCUCGUCAAUAUUCGUACUAUUAUCGGUAUCGGGUCGCAAAAGCAAAACACGGGCUCGGUGCACGGUGCGGCUCUUGGACCGGACGACGUCGCACACGUCAAAAAGCAGCUCGGCUUCAACACCGCCGACAAGUUUACGGUCGGCAAGGAGGUCUAUGACUUCUUUGGCGAGUGCGGCGCUCGAGGCAAGACCAUCGAGGACGAGUACAACGGGAUGAUGGCGGACUAUGCCAAAAAGUUCCCAGAAGACUUCAAGGAGCUUCAGCGGCGCCAGGCGGGCAAGCUGAGGGAGGGAUGGGAAUCGUCUGUCCCUUCGAAGGACAAGCUUCCGCAGGACGCUGUCCCCACUCGCAAAGCCAGCGGGAUUAUGGUUCAGGCUCUCGUCCCGGCGGACGAGACGUUUGUAUCGGGCUCGGCGGAUCUCAUGGAGAGCACCUUUGUCAACUUCAAGGGGCAGGUCCAGUUCCAGAACCCUGCCUCUGGGCUUGGGGACUACACUGGGCGGCAGAUGAUGUGGGGCAUCAGGGAGUUUGCGAUGGUGGCGUGCGGGAAUGGGAUGGCGGCAUACCAGAAGGGGAUGUUUAUUCCUAUCAUGUCCACCUUCUUUAUGUUCUGGCUGUACGCCGCGCCUGCCGCCCGAAUGGCCGCGCUUCAACGCCUCCGCAUCAUCGGGAUCGCCACGCACGACGGUCUCGGUCUGGGCGAGGACGGACCGACGCACCAGCCCGUCUCCCUCGCCAACUUUUACCGCGGCCUGCCCAACCAAAACUUCAUCCGCCCGGCCGACGCAGAAGAAGUCGUCGGCGCGUGGAUGCUUGCUCUGUCCGAGCAAGAAGCCAGCCACCCCUCCCUCCUCUCCCUCUCGCGCCAAGCCGUCCCUCUUCUCGAAGGCUCGGACCGCACGAAAGUCGCCAAGGGCGCUUACAUCAUCUACGGCGGGGACGUCGAGCCGAACCUCACCCUCGUUUCUACCGGGUGCGAAGUCUAUCGCGCCGUCGAAGUGGCCAAGGCGAUCGGGGGGAACGUCCGCGUCGUCUCCAUGCCCAGUCAACGCCACUUUGAUCUCCAAUCCAAAGAAUACCGCCGGUCCGUCCUCCCCACGACCAAGUCCCUCGUCGUCGCUAUCGAGGCAUGGGGCUCGCUCUCGUGGCCACGUUAUGCGCACGCAGGGUGUCACAUGCACACGUUCGGCCUGUCGGCGCCUCAGGACGUCCUGUACAAGCACUUUGGGUUCGGCGCGGAUAACCUCGCCAAGGUCAUCAAGCAGUUCAAGGAGGAGCAGAAGGGCGGUCUUCCGGGCGUAGGCGAGUUUGCAGAGUUGCUGAAUGGGCACAUGAUGGAUGGGAGGCACUAUGCGGGCAAGCUGGAUAUGAACGGGAACGAGUAG